UUUUACUUCACUACUCGCGAAGCUGCAAGGAAAGAAACGAGGAGCCAGAAGGAGCAACGAAAUAAGCCUGGAAUUUAUCUCGCACGUUAAAAAAAGAAGAAAGAAGAGUCCUCCUUCUGCCAUUCCAUGCUCCUCUAGCGUGUUCCCUCACAGAGUGCUGGAGAUAUAACGUUAAUGGAAACUGAAUGAUGAGGAGUUUGUGGCUGGACGGCAGCUGACGGACUGAACCAUGGCUCAGUUUCCCACGCCCUUCGGAGGGGGGUCGGAUACAUGGGUAAUAUCUGUGGACGAGAGAGCCAAACAUGACCAGCAGUUCCACAGUUUGACCCCCACACCUGCUGGCUUCAUCACAGGUGACCAGGCAAGGAAUUUCUUUCUGCAGUCAGGUUUACCUGCCCCCAUCCUCGCCCAGAUAUGGGCCCUGGCCGACAUGAACAACGAUGGGAAGAUGGACAUACAUGAAUUUUCCAUCGCAAUGAAGCUGAUUAAAUUGAAGCUGCAGGGUCACCCCCUCCCUCCUUCACUGCCCCCCUCCAUGAAGCAGCCACCCCUCUCCAUUCCCCCACAGCCGCCUUUUGGGAUGCCCAGUAUCGGGUCAAUGCCAGGCCUGCCAGCAGUGCCGCCCAUGCCCCUGCCCCCUCUGCCUCCAGGAGUAGGUGUGUCUCCACCUCUGGUAGCAUCAGUGACCCCAGCCGUACCAUCCCUUGCUAACGGAGCACCCGCUAUGAUACAACCCAUGAGUGGAUUCUCGCAUCCAGCUGCUGCGCUCAACAAAACCCCUUCGUUCAAUCGUUCCAGUAUCAAGCUACAGAAGGGCCAGUCAGUUGAGGCACCCAGUGCUCCGGCUGCUCCUCCACCCAUUGACUGGGCCGUGCCUCAGUCCUCUCGACUCAAAUACCGCCAACUCUUCAACAGCCAUGACAAAAUGAUGAGUGGUUAUCUCACAGGUCCACAAGCCAGAACUAUUCUAAUGCAGUCCAGUCUACCGCAGGCCCAGCUGGCCACCAUCUGGAACCUGUCCGAUAUAGACCAGGACGGAAAGUUGACUGCAGAAGAGUUUAUUCUGGCCAUGCACUUAAUUGACAUGGCAAUGUCCGGUCUGCCUCUUCCCCCAUUGCUGCCCCCUGACCUCAUACCUCCAACAUUCAGGAGAAUGCGUUCUGGUAGUGGAGUGUCUGUGACCAGUAUGCACUCGACAGAUCUACGGUCUCAGGAUGAACCCGAGGAGGAGGAAAAAGAGGCAGAGAAAAAACUUGCAGUCACAUUCGAGGAUAAGAAACGAGAGAACUUUGAGCGUGGAAACCUGGAGCUGGAGAAACGUCGGCAGACGCUGCUGGAGCAGCAGAGGAAAGAGCAGGAGCGACUGGUGGCGCUGGAGAAAGAGGAGCAAGAGAGGAAGGAGAGAGAACGACUGGAGCAGGAGAGACGCAGACAGCAGGAGCUGGACAAACAACUGGAGAGACAGAGAGAGCUGGAGCGACAGAGGGAGGAGGAGAGACGCAAGGAGAUCGAGAGAAGAGAGGUGAGUUCAAAAAUUCUCUGAGUUCAGUGCAUGUUAAACACUAUCAGCAUAAUGUUACAAGAAUACUUUGUGCGCAAAGAAAACAAAAAUAACGACUCUACAGUUCUUCUCCGCGUCACCCUAGCCAUUUUGGAGAGUAUCGCGACACGUAAUGAUAAGAAGUCACAGUUGGAGGGUAAACUGCAGGACAUUCGUUUCCGUCUCUCGGCUCAGAGGCACGAGAUCGAGAGCACCAAUAAGACACGAGAGCUCCGCAUUGCUGAGAUCACCAGCCUGCAACAGCAGCUGCAGGAGUCUCAGCAGUGGUUGAGUCGGUUGAUUCCUGACAAACAGUGUCUGAAUGACCAGCUGAAGCAGGUUCAGCAGAACAGUCUGCACAGAGACUCUCUGUCCAGUCUUCAGAGGGCCAUUGAAAUGAAGGAAUCGACCAAACAGCAGCUGAGAGAACAGCUGGACACUGUGGAGAAGGAGACACGUUCCAAACUAUUGGAGAUAGACUCCUUCAACACACAACUGAAGGAGCUGAGAGAAAUCCACAACAAACAACAGAGGCAGAAACAAAAGGAGCUGGAGGCUGACAUCACCCAGCCGUCGCACGACAGGAAGUCCACAGAAUUACAAGAGUCUAGGUUGUCAGGGACAGAAGAUGGCAUGUCUCCUGCAUGGAGAGAUGAUGGGCUGGGUAAAGCUCCCACUCCUCCUGCGACUCAGGCUUGGAUAAGCCAAGUGAGUGAAGAGGAGAACCACAGCAGAGCCGAAGUACAGGAUAACCUCUCCAAACUCUUCACACAGCAUCCGCAAUCUGGAAAAUUACAGACUCGGUCCCCCUGGUCUAUGGCAGAUAAGAUUCCAGUGUCUGACUUUAAUCAGGAGAUGGUAAAGGUGGUCUACUAUAGAUCACUGUAUCCCUUUGAUGCCCGCAGUCAUGAUGAAAUCACCAUCCAUCCUGGAGAUAUAGUGAUGGUGAAGGGAGAGUGGGUGGAUGAGUCUCAGACAGGUGAGCCUGGAUGGUUAGGAGGAGAGAUUAAAGGGAGGACUGGCUGGUUCCCUGCCAAUUAUGCAGAGAAGAUUCCAGAAUCUGAAGUUCCUCUUAGUUUGAGAGCUAGCACUGCUUCUAGUUCUGCUCCUAAAUUGGGUUCCCAUAUGUCAUCUGCUUCAACAACCACAGCCGCACCCUUGCAUUCAGUCUCCACAGAGUCUGCAUCGAUAGCCCCGCCCUCCUCAGCCCCUGCCCCUCCAGGCCCCGCCUCCUCCUCUUCCUCAACAUCCAGUAACUGGGCAGAUUUCAGCACUACAUGGCCAACUAAUUCCGCUGUGGAGAAGCAGGACAGCGAUGGAUGGGAUGCAUGGCCGACCCAGCCCACUCAGCCGUCCCUGUCAGUGCCCAGUGGAGGGCAGAUCAGACAACGCUCUGCUUUCACCCCGGCAACGCUCUCCGGCUCCUCACCCUCACCUGUGCUCGGCCAGGGUGAAAAGGUGGAGGGUCUGCAGGCACAGGCUUUGUAUCCAUGGAGAGCCAAGAAAGACAAUCACCUAAACUUUAACAAGAAUGACGUGAUCACCGUCCUGGAGCAGCAGGAUAUGUGGUGGUUUGGGGAGGUGCAAGGGCAGAGAGGAUGGUUCCCCAAAUCUUACGUCAAACUCAUCUCUGGGCCCGUCCGGAAAUCUAUGAGUAUUGAAUCCGGCUCUUCAGAUAGCCCUCCCAGUGUUAAGAGACCCAGCCCAUCUCCAAACAAACCCACAGAUCUCGGAGAAGAGUAUGUGGCCAUGUAUACAUAUGAAAGCAGUGAGCAGGGUGACUUGACCUUCCAGCAAGGUGAUGUCAUCACGGUCACAAAGAAAGAAGGAGAUUGGUGGACUGGGACUGUGGGCGGGAAGACUGGAGUCUUCCCCUCAAAUUAUGUCAAGCCUAAAGAAUCCGAGGGUUUGGGAUCUGCUGGAAAAACAGGAAGUUUAGGGAAGAAACCAGAGAUUGCCCAAGUGAUCGCUCCGUAUGCGGCCACCGGGGCAGAGCAGCUCACUUUAGCACCAGGCCAGCUCAUUCUUAUUCGAAAGAAAAACCCAGGAGGAUGGUGGGAAGGAGAACUUCAGGCAAGAGGAAAGAAGCGUCAGAUUGGCUGGUUUCCAGCUAAUUAUGUAAAAUUAUUGAGCCCCAGCACCAGUAAGACCACACCCACAGAGCCCAACCCACCCAAGCUGCCAACACCCAAUGCAGUGUGCCAGGUGAUUGGCAUGUAUGAUUACACGGCUCAAAACGAGGAUGAGCUGCCUUUCGGGAAGGGCCAAAUCAUCAGUGUUUUGAGCAGAGAGGAUCCUGAUUGGUGGAAGGGAGAGCUGAAUGGUUCCAUUGGCCUUUUCCCAUCAAACUACGUUAAGCUGACCACCGACACAGACCCCAGCCAACAAUGGUGUGCCGACCUCCACCUGCUCGACAUGCUGACCCCAGUGGAACGGAAGAGGCAGGGUUACAUACAUGAACUUAUUGUUACAGAGGAGAACUAUGUAAAUGACCUGCAGCUAGUUACUGAGACGUUCCAGAAGCCUUUGCUGGAGUCGGAAUUGUUGACUGAGAAGGAGGUGGCCAUGAUCUUUGUCAACUGGAAAGAGCUGAUCAUGUGCAACAUUAAACUGCUCAAGGCGUUGCGGGUGAGGAAGAAGAUGUCAGGUGAGCGCAUGCCAGUGAAGAUGAUCGGUGACAUCCUGACGGCUCAGCUUCCUCACAUGCAGCCGUACAUCCGCUUCUGCAGCUGCCAGCUCAACGGAGCCACCCUCAUUCAGCAGAAAACAGACGAGGUGCCCGAAUUCAAAGAGUUUGUUAAGCGGUUGGCGAUGGACCCUCGCUGUAAGGGAAUGCCCCUGUCCAGCUUCCUCCUCAAACCCAUGCAGAGAGUCACCCGAUACCCCCUCAUCAUCAAAAACAUUUUAGAGAACACUCCAGAAAGCCACCCGGACCACAGUCACCUGCGGCUGGCUCUGGAGAAGGCUGAAGAGCUGUGCUCGCAAGUCAACGAAGGCGUGCGAGAGAAAGAAAACUCAGACCGGCUGGAGUGGAUCCAGGCACAUGUGCAGUGUGAGGGGCUGUCAGAGCAACUUGUGUUCAACUCAGUUACAAAUUGUCUGGGCCCUCGGAAGUUCCUGCACAGUGGAAAACUCUACAAAGCCAAAAGCAACAAGGAGCUUUACGGCUUCCUGUUUAACGAUUUCCUGCUCCUCACGCAGAUCAUCAAACCUCUGGGCUCGUCUGGAACGGACAAAGUCUUCAGUGCGAAAUCCCACCUGCAGUAUCGCAUGUACAAAACGCCCAUCUUUCUCAACGAGGUGCUGGUGAAGCUGCCCACUGAUCCUUCUGGAGAUGAACCCAUAUUCCACAUAUCUCACAUCGACAGAGUCUACACUAUUCGGGCUGAGAGCAUCAACGAGCGGACAGCUUGGGUGCAGAAGAUCAAAGCCGCUUCUGAGCUCUUCAUUGAAACGGAGAAGAAGAAGAGAGAGAAAGCCUACUUAGUGAGGUCUCAGAGGGCCACUGGUAUCGGGCGGCUAAUGGUGAACAUUGUUGAAGGCAUUGAGAUAAAGCCCUGCCGUUCAAAUGGGAAGAGUAAUCCGUACUGUGAGGUGACGAUGGGCUCUCAGUGUCACGUCACUAAGACGCUGCAGGACACUCUGAACCCUAAAUGGAACUCAAACUGCCAGUUCUUCAUCAAAGACCUGGAGCAGGAUGUGCUGUGUGUCACUGUGUUUGAGAGGGAUCAGUUCUCCCCGGACGAUUUCUUGGGCAGGACGGAGAUUCGGCUGGCCGACAUCAAGAAGGACCAGGGCUCUAAGGGGCCCAUCACCAAGCGACUGCUUUUACACGAAGUCCCUACGGGAGAGAUUGUGGUGCGACUGGACCUUCAGCUCUUUGAUGAACCCUGACCCACGUUGUUUGGCCUGACCUUUUGACCCCUAGAAUCCAUAUCCGCUACUCCUCCGUGGUGAAAGCCCACCAGCCCUCCACCC